AAACGCAGCAUAAAAUUUUUGCUUCAGCCAGCUGCAGUUCAUUUUCAGUGGUAUGUGGAUUACAACAUGAAUUAAAACAGAAUAUCAUCGAUUCUAGCUGUAAUUGUAAAUUAAAAUUAUUGUGAUUAAGAUUUCCGUAGACGUAGAAUUCGCGUACGCAACUUACGCCAGGACCGUUUACCAAGAUUCCCCAGCUGAUUAGAGAAAUCGCAGUUCAAUUCGUUGUUCGCUGCUGGAGGAAGGGAAAAAGUGCGUCUCCGUUUUUAUUGUGCUGCGGAUGCUUGUGGAUGGGGCUACCUUGGUUUGGUCAUUGAUUCUGGCUGAGCGAUAUGGAUUCAGAGGAAACAUCACAGUCAGCUGAUCACGACACUUCCGGAGGGUCGUCAAAUUUAUUCGACGAUGAACUGGCACCAGCUGCCGUUGAUGUUCAACAACAUCCUGGUGCCGUCAGUGAGGAUUCCCGGGAACCCGUGGCUUCGCUGGUGAUUAACCAUGAGCGCCAGGAGGAGGAGGAACAUUUCUACGUACCUGCCAAUUUGAUUCCGGUGGCUUCCGAAGGUCAGGACGACUCACGCCAGGAACAGGCUUCCCUGGUAAUUGAGCAGCCUACCGUUAAUAUGGAAAUCGACUUGGCACGGAUUCACCAGCCAGGUUUCCUGUCUCCGGUAAUCAUUCUCAACAAUAACCUUAUCAUGGACACGGUUCCGGAAGCACAAGCCACGAUAGAAAUUGUGGAAGAUGACGACACCGAUGAAGUCGUGGUGGUGCAGGACCAGGCCGGUAACGAGCAGGCAGCCACGGUUACGGCGGCCCUGACGGCAGCCGCCCUGGAAGGACCGAUUGUGCUGAUUGAGGACACCCUGCGGAUGGCAGGCGGUGCCGGAGCGCUCAACCUUUCGGCGGGUCCAUCGUCGCUGGUGAGGAAUCCAGCUGCCGCCGGGGAAUCACCGAGAAGUCGCAAACGGCGACGCAUCAAUACUCCCCAGAAAGCUCCUCCGCCGGUUCCGAAACCCACCGAACCGGCGCAGUACGACGACGAUGACGACGGUACCAUCUGCUCGAUUUGUCUGGACAGCUGGACCCUGACCGGCGAACACCGGCUGGUAUCGCUCAAAUGUGGACAUCUUUUCGGGUACAUGUGCAUCAAGCGCUGGUUGCAGGACAACCCGAUGCAGACCCGGUGCUGUGCCACCUGCAAGACGAAAGCACACCUGCGGGACAUCCGGCAUCUGUACGCGAAGGCCGUUCGAGCGGUGGACAACUCGGAAGAGAUUCGACUGAGGCAACAGGUAGACGAGGAAAAGUUGAAGGUGAGUAAACUAGCCGGGGAGUUGCAAGUGUCGCGAAUGGAGCUGGAGGUACAGCGAACGGUGGCCAAUGAGUUACGAGCUCGAUUGAAGGAGUACGAGCAGCGGGGCGUAGGGGAGCUGCGAACGAAUGCUUCGCUGAUGGGUGAAAUAUCCAGUGGGAUAGCAAAAGCUAUGAGGACCUAUAAAAUUUCGUUGGAUAAGACUAUAGAGCUGUGUCGGGAGCCGGGUUGCCGCGUGAUGGCGUACGGUAGUAAACGGCAACAUUUGCUGGUAUCACAAAAGUCUACCCAGAAUCUUUUUCCCGGGUAUUCGAUCAAAUUCAUCGAUGUACCAGCAUUCCAGUAUUCGUCCGUGCUGCAUGUAUCUAGCAAGAUGAUCCGUGAUAUUUCCAUCGAUGUAGAGGACGAUCUGUUCACUGCAGCAACUAGUGAACGGUCUGUAAAAUUGUUUUCCUUCAAUAAUCGUUCCGUGAUCUCUUUUACACCCUCGGACGCGAAUGUGUGGUCUUGUGCCUUUGAUCAGGAACGAAGUAAAUUCCUGUACUUGGGAACCCAAUCCGGUGGGACCUAUGUAUACGACAUCCGCAACCCCAACCAAUAUGUUGAGGAAUUCCGUACUGAAGGGGAUUGCUCGCCCAUCAUUAACAUUUGUCCGGUAUCCGCCAGUAGUUCGAUUCCAUUCGGAGGUUUUCUAAUAUGCAAGCUGACCUCCUGCUGGUUCUUCGAGUACACCGCUGCACAGAGGGUUGAAUCAACUCGACUGAAUGUAGACGGACCUUUCACAGCUAUGAACUACUGUGAAAAAACAGGCUUCAUUAUGAUAACAACAAGACCAAGCAGUCGUCAUCCGAAAGCUCGUUACAUUUUGGCCAGUUUGGUCAAGCUGGACUCGAUCUGUGCCCUGCAUAUUGUUCAUACCAUAACUGGUUCGGUGGUGGAACCGAACAUGAUCCGCAGCGCCCAGAUCAGCUUGGACGAAAAUAAUACCAUGGUAGCAGCCUACCUUCAGGACGAUCGGCAGCUGGCCACCUGGAGUACUAGCAAAACCGGCCAACGUCAGCAAUGUUUGCCGGUGUCGGAGGUCUUGUGGGACCUGUGCCCGAUCUACGCUGAUAACCAAACGUUCUUGGCGGCACUUUCCGAUAGCAAGUGCCGUGUGUUCAGAGCAUAUUCCGAGUGAAAGUACAAGUUCUUUUCGGUUUAGUUGGCGAGUUGUUGUGUUGAUUAUUUAAGACAGAAAGAGAAAAAAAAGAUAGAAAGAGGAAUGGAUAUGCAGAGUUUCGUAGUUGCGGUUGUCCCAAAUAUAGUUUCCAAAUGUACCAAAUUAAGGAAGAGACCACGUUGCUAAGAAUAGGUUAGGAAGUGCGAACGUGAUUAUUUUUUUUACUACUGCAUUCGUACAAAUAAAGCCAUACAUUUGAAA